GCCGGGGUCAUUUCAGAAGAGAUUGGCCAAAGUCUGCUGGAGCCAAAAGACCAGGUCUCCCAACUCACCAUCCUCCUUGAUUCUGCCAAGUUGGAGAUCAAUGACCGGGCAGAAAGGGAGAGGAGGCUUAAGGAAGAGUUGAAGGAAGAAAGGGCCCGGUUUGCCCUUCUAGAGGAGGAAAGGAAAAGAAAUAUCGCCGAGCUCGAGGAUGCGCUGGGGCAGGCUGAAGAAUCUGCCCGGGAAAAGAUGGAGGCCUUUCCCUCUGAAGCUGCUGAUUGGGCUGCGUGCCAUCACACGGAGGUUGCCCGGUCCCUUCUCACUACCCCGGAGGAAACCAUGGACUUUUUCAAAGUCAUGUAUCAAGAGCCAGAGGGGAAAAGGAUGAUAACGGAGAUAGGGUCUUAUGGAUUCCAGUGUGGCCAGAAAGAUGAGAGGUCUCUUCUCUAUGCCAGACUUCUGAAGAGGGACCCUUCCUUUGACCCGGCCAAGAUGAAGCUUCCGGCUCUAUACAAUGAAGAGCCGGCUCCCCCCCUUUCCCCUAGAAUAGGUCGGUUUUUUCCUCGCCUGUUUUCUGACCCAGUCAACUUCCAGGUUCUGAUGGCUUGGUUGCAAUAUGUAACCAGCAUGACGUCAAAUUUCCUAUCCAG